AUUCUUGGAAUGUAAUAAGAGAACAAAACCUUCCUCCUUAUGAAAACAAUCCUAUGGGAGUUCCUUGGCAGAAAAACUAAGAAUAAAAAGCUUCCUUCUCUUGAUCCUUUGGAGUAAUUCCCUGGCAUGAAGAAUAGAAUCAAAUUUCCCCUCAUAAAACCAAAACCCUGUAUGGGACUAGCCAUGCAUGUAAUCUCGGGAGAAGUAAUGGAAACUUUGGUUAACUUAUCUCUGUCAGACAAUCACAAUCGAAUCAUGAGGUCAUUCAGAGAUGCUCCACCUACUCACUAUACUUUCAAGAUUCAGACAUUUUCGGCAUUUUCAAAGAAUUCCAUAGACAAGCAUGAGUCCCUUGAAUUUGAGGCGGGAGGCUACCAAUGGAAACUGGCUUUACAUCCAAAUGGAAACAAGAGCAAAGAAGAAAAAGAUCACAUUUCUCUAUACCUGGUGAUAGCACAAACAAGUUCACUCCCUUCCGCUUGGGAGAUCAAUGUGAUUUUCAGGCUCUUUGUCUUUGAUCAUAUUCAAGACAAGUAUUUGACAGUCCAAGAUGCUAAUGGAGGAGUAAGACGGUUUCAUGCAUCUAAGACUGAAUGGGGCUUUGAUCAAUUCAUCCCAAUUUCAGUCUUCAAUGACCCUACUAGAGGAUACCUCGUUGAUGACACUUGCGUGUUUGGAGCAGAGGUUUUUGUAAUCAAGAGUGCAGGCCAAGGUGAACGUUUGUCCAUGAUAAAGAAUGCUACUGCUCAUAAGCAUACUUGGAAGAUCCACUACUUUUACCCAAGGACUGAAAGCUAUACCUCGGAAAUAUUCAUUGCUGGAGAUUACAAAUGGAACGUUGUACUUUAUCCAAGAGGAAGCGGUAACUCAAGGGGCCUGUGUCUUUCCAUGUAUCUGUAUUUAGCUGAUUUGACAACCCUUACAUCUAAUCAGAAAGUGUAUGUGCACUAUUGCUUACGCCUAAUUGACCAAAUUCAAAAGGAACCUGUUGAGAAGAAAGUUACUCGUUGGUACAGUACUGCCUCCAACAAUUGGGGUUGGCAUGAUUUCUUGCUACUCAGGGAUCUCAAUAACCCAGAAAAAGGUUAUCUAUUGAACGAUAGUUGCAUCAUCGAAGCAGAAGUUAAUGUUCUUGGGAUUGUAGAUAAAUUCUGAAAAAUGUUUAAUCAUUAUAAGUCUUUGUCUCCCAUAUGGUAUUUAUAAUCUUCAAUUUCCCUCUACCUUCCUUAUGAGGGUUGAAAAAUUAGAGAGGUUAAUUAUCCAACACCCAAUUCAUGCCUAAUUCAUGUCAUUCUCAAUCAAUAAGAUGUGAUCCAUAAAUGAUAAGGAAACAAACAACACUCCCACUAUACUCUUAUAAAUGCAUGCAUGGUUCAUCCAUGAUUUGUUCAAA